CAAUGAUGAUAUGCUGUAUGUGCUGACAUGACUUUUCAGGUAUCUCAUAUUUUGUAUAUUUUAUUUGUAGAUGGAAAUAUUAGCUCCUUGGUGACAAUCGCCACAAAGACCUUCCUGCGAUAUGAUAAUUUACGGGAGUUGCUAAGAAGUAUACGUGUGUAUUACCCCGACAUGAAGGUCAUCGUGGCUGAUGACAAUGAACAGGUUGAGAAAAUUGAAGAUCCAAAUGUAGAACAGUACAUUAUGCCAUAUGCUAAGGGAUGGUUUGCGGGCAGGAAUCUUGCUGUAUCCCAAGUAACCACCAAAUAUUUCCUCUGGGUGGAUGAUGACUUUCUGUUUUCGGAGAAAACAAAAAUAGAAAAACUAGUGGAUGUAUUGGAAGGAACAGAUUUGGACAUGGUAGGUGGUAGUGUGGCAGGUAACCAUUUCAGCUUUAAACUCAUCUGGGAGGAAGGCGAUGAUGAAGGCGAUUGUCUACAUUGGCGAGGAGGUGGAUACCAUGCAAUCAAAGGAUUUCCUGAUUGUGUCCUGACUGGAGGAGUAAUUAAUUUCUUCCUGGCACAUACAGAGAGAAUUCUUGGUGUUGGAUUUGACCCAAAGCUGAACCGUGUAGCACAUACUGAAUUCUUUAUCGAUGGUUUGGGACGCCUGAGAGUGGGUGCGUGUAGCCAUGUCACUAUUGAGCACCAGAAAAAAGAAACGCCAAAAGAUGAAAAACUACUUAAAGCAAAAGAAAAAUACAAAUUAUUCCGACAAAACACUGCACAGCAAAUAAAGACUAAACUUGGACUACUUUAUUUCAAGAACCGGCUGAGCUGUUUCACAAAGCACUGAGCAUCCUGAUUUGGUUUUCGUUAAUAGAUGAUUGCUAAUCAAAGGAUCUAAGAAGUAUUUUUUUUAUAUAAAUAAAUAUCUAUCUAAAUA